GAUAUCGUCUUCAACCUCUCUUCAAAAAAAGAAAAAAAGAUCUCUUCAACCUAUCUUCUUCAACCUAAUUUCAGUUUUCCGGCGGAAAAACUUUCAUACAAUUAGUAAGUUUGCUUGGAAAAACGUGAAUAUUAGAUUAAAAUCUCGUUUCCCAUUCGUUUCCGGGAUGAAUUCAGUUUCAAAUACCUCUCUAUUCAGUUACAAGUAGCGCGACAGUAUUUGGGGGAAAUUUUGGAAUAGUGGUGUAAAAAAUGUUAUACAUUAUUGGAUUGGGGUUGGGAGAUGAAAAAGACAUAACAUUGAAAGGUUUAGAAGCUGUCAAGAAAUGCGAAAAGGUCUACAUUGAAGCUUACACUUCACUCCUCUCCUUUGGUAUCUCUUCUGAUGGCCUCUCUAAUUUGGAAAAAUUGUAUGGGAAACCUGUUACGGUGGCAGAUAGAGAAAUGGUGGAGGAAAAGGCGGAUUCUAUAUUGUCGCAAGCUUGUAAUUCUGAUGUUGCUUUCCUCGUCGUUGGGGAUCCUUUCGGAGCCACCACACACACGGAUCUUGUUGUUCGGGCAAAGCAGAUAGGAGUUGAUAUCAAGGUGGUACACAAUGCAUCAGUGAUGAAUGCAAUUGGAGUCUGUGGAUUACAGUUGUAUCGUUAUGGAGAGACAAUUUCAAUUCCUUUCUUCACCGAGACAUGGAGACCUGACAGCUUCUAUGGAAAGAUUAAAAGAAACCGUGAUCUUGGUCUGCAUACUCUCUGUUUGUUAGAUAUAAAAGUGAAGGAACCCUCACUGGAAUCCCUCUGCAGGGGGAAAAAGAUAUAUGAACCACCGAGGUUCAUGUCCAUCGGAACUGCAAUAGAGCAACUCCUUGAGGUUGAGCAGAAGCUUAGUGAAUCAGCUUACAGUGAAGACACCGUCUGUGUGGGUUUUGCACGGUUGGGGAGUGAUGAUCAAAUAAUUGUUGCGGGUACAAUGAAGAAACUCCAAACUCUUGAUUUUGGAGAUCCACUUCAUUGCCUUGUCAUUGUUGGAGAAACUCAUGAUGUUGAGGAAGAAAUGCUUGGCUUUUACAGUAUCAAAGAGUAAUUUUAUUAGAAACAAUUUCCUGGUACAACUGUAUAAGAAUGAGAUUAGACAUUACUAAACUCCAUUAGUGAUGCUGAUGCAGUAAAAUUGUAGAGAUGAUUAUAAUUAUUUUGUCUAUUUUUAUUGAAUGAUUCAUAGUUUA